AUAACAUUUUUCUGGUGCAGUUUCUUUUCUGGUGUCUUGUUGUCAUAUUCCACAUCAAAUUUACUUUUAUAAUUUUUCGUUAAAGUAAAAGAAAAUGGAAAUUUUAAGAAUCUUUCAUAUAUGGUGUCUUUUUUGCUUGUGUUUCUGCCAGGAAGGGAAUGAAUCAGUCACUGAUAAUGAUCUAACCGAUUCCUCUAUUUCUGUCUCUACGAAUCUAUGGAUUUCAUCAUCUCUAAGCGAUGAAGAAGACACAUCUACAUCACCCGCAAUAGACAUUAUCAUUACAAGGCCAAAAGACGAUAUUUCAAAUGUUACGGUAACUGAUACUUCUGAAACUGAUACAACUGUUACAAAUUUAUCAACUCCUGAUGAGGAAGAAGAAAAUCUAUCGGGUUGUGAAAUGAAUCCUUGUAAAAAUGGUGGACUCUGCCGUGAAGAUUCUUCUGAUUCCAGUGUGUUUGAUUGCGAGUGUCCUCAUGGCUUCACAGGAACUCGAUGUGGAGUCAAAGACAACUGCAGAUCAGAUGAAGACAUUGCUUGCAAGAAAGGUUAUUGCUCUUAUUCAGAAGACAUAUCAAUGAGAAGUUGUAAUUGUUUCUUUGGUAUGUACUGGGAUGACAUCAAGAAAGAAUGCAAAAAUUCUGAACCACCCUGUUUUCCCAAUCCUUGCCACAAUGGGGGUGAAUGCAAUAUUGAUAAGGAUAGUGAUUUCAAGUGCGAAUGUCCAAUAGGAUAUGAAGGAUCCACUUGCAGUAUUAAGAACAAUUGUGGUGAUGGAGAUGAUUGUCCUGGUGGUCGAUGUGAAAGAAUAGAAGAGAAUAACUUAAAGAUUUGUACUUGUUCUGAGGGAAAAUAUUGGAAUGAAGAGGAACGUCGUUGUGAAGAUGAAAAACUUCCCUGCACUCCAAACCCAUGUAAAAACCAUGGAUUGUGUGAGAUUCUACCCUUUGGUGACCACUCCUGCAAUUGUUCUGGUCAUUAUUUGGAUAAGGACUGCAAACAAGAAAAUACGUGCUACAAUACACAUGGUAAUGAUACGGAGUGUGGAAAUAAAGGAACUUGCAAAUUUAAAGAAAUCUCAUCCUAUUGCGAUUGCAUUGAUGGAUAUUACUGGGAUGCUGAAAUGCGUACCUGCCGAAAAAAUUUUCCUCCUUGUUAUCCAAAUCCAUGCGCAAAUGAUGGCCUUUGCAGUAGAUCCAAUCAUACGUUCCAUUGUAAAUGUUCCGAGGAAUACACCGGUGUACGGUGUGAAAAUCCAGACUACUGUGUCCUUCAAGGUGGUAAUGUAGUUUGUGGAAAUGUUUCCUGCGUAAGCAACAGUAAAUUAAAAGCAUUUCAAUGUCAAUGUGAAGAAGGAUUUUACUUUGAUUUCGGCAAAAGGACUUGCCUUGAGAUUGAUUUCUGUCCUAUCAUGAUGUGUGGUGUAAAUGAACAAUGCGUCAACAGCAAAUGUAUUUGCCAAGACAAUUUUCAGAGAAAUAAUAACACAAACAAGUGUGAAGCAAAUUACUGUGCUGUCAACCCAUGCCCUAUAGAUGAUAUGAUAUGUACUGAAGGACAAGGAAUCAGGGAUUUUUAUUGUUCUUGCAAAGAAGGCUAUUCGUUCAAUGGAGCUCAUUGCGCAAAUGCGGUCUGUGUAUUUCCAUCAUUCAAUGAUUGUGACCAGAAAUGCCGUCUAUCAGAAGAAGAAUUCAAUUGCAAAUGUGAUUCAGAGUUUUUCAUUUUAAAUGAGGACAACAAUACUUGUACUUACACUGGAAAUUCAACAUGUUCAAACAAGACCUGUGACAUGGGAAAAUGCUUUAAAGGGGAUAAUGAUGAAGAAACGUGCGCUUGUCCUCCUGGUUACACAGAAGAGGAAGGGAAGUGCAUAGAUUUGUGCAAGGCCAAUAAAGUGCCGGAAGGGAUCUGUCCAGACAAUCAGUGUGAAAGUACAAAAAAUGGUUUCAGGUGUAAAUGUGAAGGGAAAUAUCAGCUAUCCAAAGAUAAAGUUACAUGCACAAUACGCAGAACGUGCCAAAAAGAUGCAAUAGGAUGGAAAGCAUGCUCAGCUAAAAAUGCAACAUGCAUUGAAGAUUGGAAUAGUGAUUUAGGGUACGCAUGUCAAUGUACAUUUCCACAAAAGGAAUCAAAUCAAGGCAUUUGUCAAGAUGUUUGCAGCAAUGAAGAAUAUCAAAGAAAGUGUUCAGCUUUAGGGGCAACAUGUGAUAUUAAUGCAUAUGGUGAAAUAAUAUGCAAAUGUCCUCCCUUAUAUCAACAGACGAAGAAUGAAGAAUUUUGUAAUAAGCCUGCUGAUGUUUCAUAUUUGAUAACGAUUCCACUUGAUUUAGAAUCAUAUAGAAUUGGACACACCAGACAAGUGAAAAGGGGAAGGUCUUUGGAUACUGAUUACUCAGUGGAUUACUUUCAAAUACAAUAUGAUGCUGAGGAAGCUUUCUCAAAGAUAUUUCCAGAACUUAUUCAACUUAACGUUCUAAAUUGCAGGAAAAAUGGGAAUUCUUAUCUCUGUAAAAUAGAACUGCAAUUUAUAUCAAUCACAGAAGAAGAUUUGAAACGAAUUAGGUUACCUGAUUUCUGCGUAUCGGGAGAAAAUUCAGUCGAUAAAUGCCUUAUUCCUCCAUCUUUAAUUUCAAAAAAAGAUCGACUAAAAAGCGAUCUAUCGAUUAGAAAAUCAGACCCAUGUGAUAUGGACUUCAAGGAACAGAUUUGUGGAUCAGAAACAGUGUGUACCAGCUCAGACUCCAACAAAUCUUUCAACUGCACAUGUGGUGCUGGUUAUGAGAUGAGAACCAAGGUCUUUCCAUUCGCAGAUUCCAACUCUUUUAUUGAAACGUGCAAUGAUGUAAACGAAUGCCUGAUGGACGGAAUUUGUCCUAAACAUACCACUUGCGAGAAUCUCAUUGGUAGUUAUAGUUGCUCUUGCACGCCUGGCUACAGGAUAAAGGAUAAGACAUCCGACCCGAAAGUUAAUGGCUGUGUUGAAAUUUGCAAUCCAAAUCCAUGUGAUCAUGGCAGUUGUGAAAGGAAUGGUGAAGCCGAUUUUGUGUGCAGGUGUGAAGCUGGCUUUGCUGGAAUUUUAUGCGAUCUGACCGAUGCAAAUUACAAAAGAGCACAAACAAAUACGAUUAUAGUGGGAGCGGUUUUAGGAGGUGCCCUCUUAGUACUUAUAAUUAUCUUCUUUGUCACAGUUCAAAGGAUAAAGAAAAAGAAGCUUGACGAGCCUGAUCGGAUGCUUUAUGCUACUGAAAUGACAGAAAGACGAGGAGGAGCUGUAAAUAAUGCUUACCAAUAAAAAGGAAAAUUGCAUCAUCUGAUUUAACUUCUGAUCAUAAGCAAGAUG